AUGAAGGUUUACCUCGAAAACAAAGUAUUACUGCUGUUGUGGUUCCUACUUUUAGCAGGUUUUGAUAUUGAGGCUUCAACCUACAACUACUCUGCAAGCAUAGAGUGCCAGAUUAGUCCUUCUGCUCCUCAAUAUGAAGGAGGACUCGUAGCAAACCCAAAGUUUGAUGAUGGCUUAGAAGGAUGGAAGGUUUUUGGAAAAGGCAAAAUUGAAGAAAGAACUUCUAAGACUGGGAACAAGUUUAUUGUGGCUUAUAAUAGAACUCAGUCUAAUGAUAGUUUCUCACAACACAUAUAUUUAGAGGAAGGGCUUCUUCACACAUUUUCAGCUUGGGUACAAAUUAGUGAAGGAAGUGACACUGUGAUUGCUGCAUUUAAAACUUGGUAUAAUGAAACAAAGAUAGUGGGCUCUGUCAUAGCUCAAUUUGGCUGCUGGUCUAUGCUAAAAGGAGGACUCUCUGUUAAUCUCACUAUGCCAGCAGAGCUCUAUUUUACGAGUAAAAACAGCAAUAUCGAGUUAUGGGUAGACAAUGUUUCUCUGCAACCAUUUACCAAAAGACAGUGGAGAGACCAACAAUCAAAGAACAUAGAGAAGAUAAGAAAGAGAAAAGUGAGAAUACAUGUUGCCGACAAGAAAAGGAAGAAGCUCAAAGGUGUAGAAAUCACCAUUGAGCAGAAAAGGCCUUAUUUCCCCCUUGGCUGUGCACUCACCGAUUCAAUUAUAGAAAACAGGGCCUAUCAGGACUGGUUCAUCUCAAGAUUUAGCCACACUGCAACCUCUUUCGAUAAUGAAAUGAAAUGGUACUGGACAGAGAAAGAUCAAGGACAUGAAAAUUACAGUGUUCCAGAUGCAAUGGUUGCCUUUGCCAAACAGCAUGGUAUUUCAGUGAGAGGCCACAACAUAUUCUGGGAUGAUCCAGAUUACAACAUGAACUGGGUCAAAUCUUUAUCCCCCAGAGAACUUCUCGGCGCAUCGGUCAGGCGAAUGGGUUCCGUUAUGUCAAGAUAUUCCGGCCAGCUUAUGGGUUGGGAUGUCAUGAAUGAGAAUUUACACCACUCAUUCUUCGAGGAAAGAAUAGGACCAAAUGCCUCUGCAAUGUUCUUCAAGAUAGCACAAGCACUUGAUUCUGAAGCAAUAAUGUUUUUGAAUGAGUUCAACACUUUAGAGCAACCACAUGACAUGGUUGCGACGCCGUCGGAGUAUCUGAGAAAGAUUACGAACAUUAGAUCUUUGCCGGGAAAUGAAGAAAUGGUGGUUGGAAUUGGAUUGGAAGCUCAUUUUGAUAGGCAUGAGCCAAACAUAGCUUACAUGCGUGCUUGCUUGGAUGUUUUGGGAGCUAUCAAUAUGCCCAUUUGGCUAACAGAAUUGGAUGUGCAGAGAUGUCCCAAUCAGGCUGACUACUUGGAAGAAAUUAUGAGGGAGGCCUAUUCACAUCCUGCUGUUGGAGGUAUCAUAGUGUUUGCAGGGUGGAAACCAACAAACUGCAAUGACACCUGCUUAAACAACAACAACUACGACACCUUGCCGAAAGGUUGCGCCAAGUUGUGCCUGCAUGACAACAGAUUCAAGAACUUGCCGUCCGGCGAUGUCGUCGACAAGUUGCUUCAAGAGUGGAAGACCAGAAACUUGAAGGGAGCGACAGAUAAGAAUGGUGUUUUUGAGGAUGCCAUUUCUCAUGGAGAGUACAAUGUGAAGGUGUUUAAUCCAGUUACUGCAAAGAGUUUGAGCAUGCAAGUGAAGGUGAUCAAUGAGAAAUCUGAACCAUUGGAUGUUUGGAUUUCCAUCUGA